AUGGCUGACGCACAAUUCGAUAGCGCGCUUCUUUCCCCUGGCCAUGAUGCCCAGCAUGGACAAUGCAAGGCCGUGCCGCAACCCCGCCCCGACUGCACGGCGAACCCGCGAGCUGACCACCCCGAUCCCAGCGACCUGCUUCGGCGCCUGAACCCGCGUGACACCAAGGCAAAUCUGCAGUCCAUCACGUCCAUUGUCCCCGACCUGACCGAAGACCUCCUAUCCUCCGUUGACCAGCCCCUGGAGAUUCGCCGCUGCCCGCGGACCAGCCGCGACUACCUGCUUUGCGACUACAACCGAGACGGCGACAGCUACCGGUCACCGUGGAGCAAUGAGUUCGACCCACCUCUUGAGGAUGGCACAGUGCCCAGUGAGAGGGUGCGCAAGCUCGAGGUUGCGGCGAACGAGGCGUUCGAUGUUUACCGGGAGCUCUAUUACGAGGGGGGUGUUGGAAGCGUGUACUUCUGGGACUUGGACGAUGGGUUUGCCGGUGUGAUUCUGCUUAAGAAGGGGGUGACUGCCGGUUCCCAGAGCUCCGGUGAAUGGGACAGCAUUCACGUCUUCGAGGCUACUGACCGGGCGCGCAUGUCCCACUACAAACUCACCAGCACCGUCAUCCUCCACUUGGCCAACGAGACUGACGCCCUUGGCGAGAUGGACCUGAGCGGCAACAUGACCCGCCAGAUCGAGGCCGAUUUGCCUGUCGAGUCGGACGCGAGCCACAUUGCCAACGUGGGCAGACUGGUUGAGGACAUGGAAUUGAAGAUGCGAAAUUUGCUACAGGAGGUUUACUUCGGAAAGGCCAAAGAUGUCGUUGGCGAGCUGCGGAGUCUGGCGGCGCUCUCGGAGACCAAUCGGGACCGGGCGACACAGCUUGAGAUGAUCAAGGGCAUGCAGAAGUAA